AUGGCCAACGCCGGCCUCCUCCAAACCAGCCUGAUUUGGGUGGCGUAUGCUGUUGCCGUCGGCCUCUGCCUUUUGGCAGCCAUCAUCACCACUUUCACUUGGCAGGCACCCCGGGAGCGAUCUGCCAUAGUCAGCGUUGUUGCGAUCGUCAGUCUGACAGCUCUCCUCGCAACUGUCCUGCUCCUCCCUGUCGACAUCGCUCUCAUCUCGUCCACGACUCAUGCAUCACUCGGGGUCAAGAAAGACUGGGCUACCGAAGAACGGGUUUACGAGAUUCUGCAGACACUUCGCAUCGUUUACUACUCUCUUUACAGCUUCGACGCUCUGCUGUGUCUCAUUGUGAUUCCCUUCGCAUACUUCUGGUACGAGGAAUACGAUGAGAUCGAGGUCGAGGAGGGACGUUCGUUCGGCAGCCGCCUGGUCAGCGCGCUCAAGUACACCCUGGUCUUCGUUGUUCUGGUUGUGAUUCUCUUCCUCAUCGGCUUCUUCGUGCCAGCUGCCGGUAGCGACUCGGAGGCCAACUGGGAUCUGGAUUACUUCAAGCGGGUUCUUGUUCAAAACAAUGGGCAAAAGGCGCUGGCCUUCGCACUCGGCCUUCUCGUCACUCUGGGCACUCUGCUCUAUAUCCUCUACACUGCGGCCGGCCUCGCUCUUCUUCCCAUGUCAUUCAUCAAGUCAGCGCCCUCGAUUUCCGCACCUCAGCUCUCAGAGAACACUGCCUCCGCCUUGGAACAGAACCGCGAGCGACAGCGACAGCUGGAGAUGCGCAAUGCUGGACGCCCCGAAGGCAUGUCAUCCAAGGACAGGCGUGAGCUUGAGGCCCUCAUUCGGGAGGAGAGGACUCUGACCCGUCGGGAGAGACUGGCGGCGGAGGCAUCGGGAGAGGGUCACAGCACCAUCUACAAAAUCUGGCUGAAGAUCUGCGCCGUUCUGAGGCCCAUCAAGCUGCUCGGAGGUGUUCUGAUACUCCUGCUGUCCAUCUUGAUUUGGGUCUCGAUGUUGAUCACAGGCAUUGACAAGGCGAAGAACUCGCUGUGCAAGGAACGAUGUGGCUACAUCCUUGGCCAUAUCAACAUUUUCCAGCCCAUCAACUGGAUCUUCCUGCAGUCUGCCAAGGCCUUCCCAGUUGACUACAUCCUCAUGGCUCUCCUCGUUUUACUGUUCUUCAGCAGCUCGAUCACGGGCAUUGCAACUGUUGGGAUUCGCUUCCUCUGGAUCCGCAUCUUCCAGAUACGGAAGGGCAGGACUGCCCCUCAAGCUCUAUUGAUCGCCACAGUCAUGUUGGCUCUCAUCAUUCUGGCCAUCAACUAUGCCAUCGCUAACAUGGUGGCACCACAAUAUUCAAUCUAUGGCACACAAACUUUCUGCACUGCCCCUCACGGUUCCAACUGCGGAGACAGGCCCGACUACCUCGUCCAAUGCUCUGAAGGCUUGGAGAAGGACGCCCUGAAAGUGUGCACUCCGUCUAUCAUGGCGGAGUUCUUGAAUCGCAUCACCAUCACCUGGCCCUUCUUUGGCGCUCUCGACUUCUGGGCGCAGUUCGUCUUCCUUGGCGUCUUCCUCCUCGUCUUCGUGACAGGUCUUUUCAGGACGCCCAAGCUCAACAUGUCUGAGAUCGACGAGGAUGCUGAGGCAGACGAGGAGGAGGGUUUGCUGGCUAGCACUGGCCGCCGAUUCGGUGCUACGUGGCAGGAUAUUACGGGGCGGUCGAAGUCUAAGAACACUUACGGCACCUCAGAGAAUAACAACGGCGGCCGCUCUACGGAGACUUAG